AUGGCCACAACAUCCUCCAAGCAGAUGGAAGUCAACCCCCGGGGCAUUCCCCGAGCUCCUUUCGUCGAUAAUGUCGAAGAAUACGUCGGAGGCAAGGAAGCUGAGGUCCAAUCUACAAUGAAGAAGUUUGAGGACACUACAGCCAAGUAUCGAUAUAUGGAAGUCACCAUUGGCAACCGACGCAAAGCACUCCUGAACAAAGUUCCCGAUAUCGAGCAGACACUCCAAGUAGUGAAAUUUCUCCAGCAACGCCGACAAAAAGCCCUCGGGGAAUCUCCGCUGAAAACGCUCUUUGAAUUGAACGACACUUUAUUUGCAGAGGCAGAGGUCAGCGAGAAUGGGGAGGUUGGUUUGUGGCUGGGUGCCAACACCAUGCUGAUGUACCCUCUGCAAGAGGCUGUCGAGCUCCUCUCAUCCAAGCUGUCAGCAGCUCAAAGAUCUCUGGGGGAGACUGCGGAGGAUCUCGAGUGGCUUCGAGAACAAAUCACCGUUAUGGAAGUCAACUUUGCGCGUGUACAUAAUUGGGACGUGAAGAGGCGAAGAGAAAAGGGUCUCAUCGGCGGCCAAUCCAACAUGCUUCCUUCUGGUAAGAACGAUGGCGGAGAUUCGGAUGAAGAAAGAGAUUGA